AUGGCUACAGCUGUGAUGACGAUGGCGGAUGAACAGUUAAACUAUGCCGACGGAUCGCGCUGUCCAUCAAUGUCUAUGCUGGUGCCGACUGACGGUGAGCCUUCGCUUAGGCCCAAUCGACCAGCUCGAAAUGCUGCUCAGAUCUCAUACAACUCGAGCUCAGGACCAAUGGCCAACUCAAGCUCUAACCGUUUCCCGGUAGACAAUGUGUUUGGCUCAAAAAUAACUUUGAUGAGCAUCGGCGUUUGGAGUAGCGUAGGGACCGAUAAAUUGUCGGAAAUAUCCAAAUGUGUCAGCUUGGCUGGUCCGACCUGCCGUAUCAUGAUGGCAAUGUUCAAAUCGGGUAUAACAAUUCUGGAUAUAUGCAAGAGCAAACUGACAGAAGGUGUUGACCGCGAAGGCCAGUUGUUUAAUUGUCUUAUUCUGACUGACUAUUAUCCCCGACUUCAUUCGACCCACUACAGAUUCCUCCCCCAAAGUAUCCACGCCGCCUUACUAUUUCACCCUAACCAUGGUGCCACUCCCAAUUACUCAGGAAACUAA